UUAUAUAUCAGACGCAAACUAUAUCUAAUUGGCUAUAUAUAUUCUCCACCCUUUUUAUUUUUGCAAAUUUCCCAUUAAAAAUCAAAGACCUCAGAAGUAAGAUAAAAUGAAAAAACUAGAUAGAUAGAUAGAUAGAUAGAUAGAUAGAGCGAGAAUGGAACAACCACAUCCCUUCCCUCAAGUUCCUUCACCAUGUAGCAGUGGAAGAAGAAGCAGCUGCGACACCAGUUCACCGGAAUUCGAGUUUUGGGUGGUCCGCAACCCUUCUUUUCCUCAGUCCAAUCUCCCCUCCGCCGACGAGCUCUUCUCCGGCGGCUUCCUCCUCCCCCUCCCCCUCUCCAACGAGCCUCCACCUCCGCCGCAACACACCGAAGCAACCGGGCCGGAGCCCGAACCUUCAAGCACUGAACCGGCCGCGCUGACCAACUCCAAGCGGUGGAGAAAUCUUUUCAAGAAAGAUGUUAGUGCGAGAGAGAAGAGAGAGAAGAAGAAUGGUGGGGCUGUGGGUAAUGUGGUGAGUGCUGCCGAGCUCAAUAUCAACAUAUGGCCUUUCUCAAGAAGCAGAUCCGCCGGGAACGGCGGGCCUCGGCCGCGGCAGGCGGCGGCGGUGGGUCGGAAAGCGAGCAGCGCGCCGUGCUCGAGGAGCAAUUCAGCGGGCGAGUCGAGGUCCCGGAAAUGGGCUCAGAGCCCGAGCAGAGCGGGAGUUCACUUGGGAAGGAACAGCCCUGUUUGGCAGGUCCGCCGCGGCGGCGGAGGGGGUGGGCGGAGCGCGGAGGCGUUGGCUGAAAAGGGAGCCAAAAGAGAUGGAAAUGAUGGCCCGAGGAAAAUUCCGGCGGCUCCGAAAACUAGAGUGUUGAGUAGUUUGAAUGUACCUAUGUGUAUUGGCUACCGGAAUCAUUUGAGCUGUAGACAUGUUGAGAGCGGCGCGGUGGGUAUCGCGGCCGCGGGCUGCGGUGGUGGGAGUCGGAUUGAAGGAAGCGUUUCCGCUGAAGUAAUUCGCAGGAGUCACUUAUUUAAUAUCAGGAGCCUAUUUACCAAGAAAGUUCACUAAUGAAUAUAUUCUCAAAUCUCAACUAGUUUAGUAGUAUAUGUUCUGUUAUUUUCACAUAUGUUUGGUCUUGAAUCUCUAGGAACUAUUUCAACAAGUACAUUGUUGAAAAAUGUGUGGAGUUUUUUUUUUUUUUUUUUUAAGAUUUAUUGUUGAAAAAUGUAAUUAGUUGGUAUAUAGUGUAUAUAUCAAUAUUAGUUGGUGCGCCA